CGACCGAAAAGAUGCCUUUUCCCGAGGAGUGGAACAUGAAGCCGGUUCCCUGGAUGCCCGGCGCAGUGCCCGAUCUCAAGAACUUGGUACGUGAUCUGGUUUCCGACCUCCUCAUAUGCCGAGCGCUCAUGGCGCGACUUGUCAAAGGGCCGAUGGGAGGCCAAAAAUUACGGUGAGCACCUCUCUCGUAUCUUUUGGUAAUUCGAAUAAGAUGUUUUUCACAUACUGCAAUAAAAUUUUCCGUAUGCAGGUGUGGGCAAGGAUGCAGUUUUGAGGCCUUCGUCUGUCGAGGAAGAGGCUUUGGCCUCUGUCCCAAAGCCGGUGAAAGAUAAUAAGAGGAAAAGAGCCCCUGUCCUCGAAGAUCAAAAACCAAAGAAGAGGACGGCUCGUAAGCCGAACAAGAAUACCAUUCCUUUGACCGUAGAAUCAGUUAUGCGUCUGAGGGAUGAAGAAGAGGAAGAAGAAGAGAACGAUGGGUCUGCUCUUGCGGCCCGAACAUAGAAGACCACCGAUGCUCCACAGGCUGCUGGAUCGAUGGUGGUUCAUAAGGCUCUGCCUCGAACUGAGGAUAUAUCGGAGAGAGAUUCGGGUAGAGUCCCCGAGUUGUUGGAGAUUGAAGAUGUUCCCCAUCGAAGCCGACAGAUGGGGGAUAUGUCUGAAGGGGCUCUUCCCGAAUCUUUUCGAACCGAAGAGAAUGCCCCAUAUAACUCAUUUGGGGUAGUAGCAAUCGAAGGCUCGCCCACCUUCCCUGUUUUUUCCGCAGGGGCGAUUCGGGAAGCCCAAGCUUUGGGGGCUCUCGAAUUAGAUAGGCCUCAUGAUGGAGAGGAUCCUUUUCGUGACCUGUUCAUCGGCGUCGAAGACACUGCCGGUACAAGUGACGCUUCAGAUCUUUUUCACGGAGUGCAGCAGGCUUUGAAUCAGGCCGCGACAGUUCAUCGAGAAUCAUGUUCUCGGUCUAACCGAGCUGCGUCGAUACGAGGCCGAGCUUCAAUGGGUUACGGAGGAGAGGAACUCCUUAAAGUUCCUUUUGGGCCAAAGGGGAGAGGAAAUAAAAGACCUCCAAGCUGAGUUGGCCAGGGCUCACCAAGAUCAGAUCGAUCUAUCCGAGCAAGUAAUAAUGCUUUUAAAAGCCUAUGGGCUUGAUACCGGAACGAUGGCUAAUCUUUCGGUCUCACAGCUGCAGCAAAAAAUCGAGAUGAUCGGAAAACUCUGUGAAGAAGUUGAUGCGAUAAGAGCGGAGUCUUUGAAGUGGAAAGAAGGAAUGGACCGUUUUGCUGCAGAGAAAGAAACUGCUCGAGCCCAAUUGUCAUCGGCCGAAAACCAACUUCAAAAAAUGAAGGAGAAAAACUCGGUCCAAGCAAGAGGAAUAGAGGAGCUCGAGGCUCGGUUGGCCUUUGUACUUGCCAACGCCGAAUCUGACGCCGAAAAGGCAAAGGCCGAUGCGGAUGCACUCGUAGCCGUCUAUCGGGCCAAUGCUGAAGCUGCCCAGGUCCAAGCAAGAGAGGCAGCCGAGACCGCCGAUACUCGAGCACAUUGGGUCGCUAAACUGGCUAAGUGCCGAUCUCGAAGGGAGACCCUCGAGGAGAUCCAUGCUCGAGGUUUCGACUUCGCUGAAGAGAUAAAAAGGGCCAAAGA